GAUAGUUUAUUUGCCAAUGAACGACAUUGAAAAUAGAUAAGAGAUCUCAACUAUCGAAUUUUACCAGUGACCUUCAAUUCCUCUAGAUAUAAGCGCUAAAAAUGCUUUGAAGACAUCAGAAAGCAGUCAGCCACAAGUUCGUAAAAUUAUAUUAAUUAAAGAAUCAUUUAAAGCCUUCCAAAUAUGCAUGCCACAUUUGGAAAAUUGGUUUUACUUUGUCUUUGCACUAGAGAAACACUUGCUGAACAUUUCAAGGAGUGCAAACAUUCAGCCGAUGGCAAUUUCGUAGCCAUUGAAAACAAUUGUCUCGGCUACAUUUACUGCAUGGGCGAAAACUCCUUCACAGAUUUAUGUCCAGUUGGCACAUAUUUUGAUCCACAACAGCAACAGUGCACAGAUGAUGUUUCCUUCAAAUGCGUCGAAUAUAUUGCGGAAAACGCUGAAGGCGCGGGGCAACAGAGCGCAUCUGUGCAACAGCAGUCAACAACAUUAGCAUCACCAAAUUAUAAUGCAGCUAGUACAACACCUAGUAAUAUCGCAGCAACAACACAUGUAACAGUCGCAACGAUCGUCGAUACGCUGCCAUCAACAACAGUGCCGCAUCGUCCACACUGCCAGCCCGCGGUGGAUGAGUAUUUUCCCUAUCAACUACGUUGUGAGUACUAUUAUAGAUGUUCGCGUGGCUACUUGAGUAUUUUACGCUGCAGCUUUGGUUAUGGUUGGGAUUUUCUGCUGGAGAAGUGUGUGCCAUUCAAGCAAGCACAGUGCUAUAGGAUAUCGGAGGUACAGGCUUUUAAGUUUUAAGUAGUUUUUCGCUCUUAUUAUUUAGUUUUAAGAUAACUAUUUAUUUGAAUAAACGCGCUUUGUUUUUUACGUUCAGCAUGGCUA